AUGGUCGUAGAAGGAGAAUAUUACGACGGUCCAUGCAAACUGUUAGAACUUCCCCAUUAUGUUAUGAGGAUACUGUUCUCUUAUUUAGAUGCAACUGCACUUUAUCAUUUGAGCAGAACUUGUAACUAUCUGAAAGAAUUUAUCCUUGACCCCUUGUUUUGGAGACAGAUUGAUGCUAGGGACGAUCCGAAUAUUUGUGAUAAAAUAGAAUAUUGUUCACAUAGAAUUCACUCGAGAACGACGCACCUAUAUUUAAGAGGGAACCUUAGUUUUAUAGACCUGCCAAUUAACUUUUUUAACAAUCUAAAGCCUUUUGAGAACUUGAAAGUGUUGGCACUAGAAAAUUUUAAACUUAGAGGGUCAAAGGUGACUUUAAGAGAUUUCCCAUUGGGUUUGGAAGAAUUAAGUUUGAGGAGAACUUAUGUUAAAAAUUCAGAUUACUUUUUUCAGCACUCUGUAAAAAGUAUGCCAAAAUUGCGGGUACUGAUUUUGGAUGAGUGUUCGUGGGUAACAUGCAGUUUUUUAUUGUCUGUUUCCAAAUAUGAACAUUUGGAAAUAAUUUCCAUAGUGAAAUGUUUAAGGGUUCAUUUGAAUAUGAUACCAUAUUUGAAUGUUGCCAAGCUGGGUUGCAAAAAGCUGAAAAUUUUUGAUUGCCGGUUCACAGGUAUAGGAGGAGAAUUACUUCGCACCUUCUACUCAAAAGACAAUCUCCAACGGCUUUACUUUCAGAGUUUCAGAUCAGCUGAAGUAGAUUACCAGGAAAAAAUUGUUAAUCACUGGGACAGUACUAGGAAAAAACAACCCAUAGAUGCUGCUUACACAGACAUGAGCAUUUCAGAUAUGCAUAUGUAUGAGUACAAUACAACAACUGCUAAGUCUAGAAAUGAGUUAGAAAAGAUUUCUGAUAGUGUUUUGUACAAGGAUCCUUAUCCAGAGUGUACUUGUGGAGGAGAAGGAAAGAGGGAUAGUGGCAAUGAUUCAAUUGUGACAUUAUCUGAUGAAGAUAUGGUACACAUACCUUCAGGAAGAGGUGAACCUAAAUUCGUAUGUGGCAAACAUAUGAAAGACAUAGUUAAUUUACCCAAGAAUUUCAAGGACUUUUUCCUAUCACAACAGCAACAAUUCAACCCAGCUUCAGACCUUCAUGUAGACUCCGAUUCGAAUUCUGAUGAGGAAGAGGAAGAUGGUGGUUGCUGUUAUUUUGGUAUGGGCACCAGUUUGAUAGUGCCAAGUAUGCAUGAUCGCACGCCAUCUGUGGGAGAGGAAAUGAGCCUGCCAGGAGAGGGAGCCAGUGCAAGAAACCAAUCGUUCCCGAGAGUUUAUGUAUUUAAUACGAACAGAGACAGAGAUAACAGUCCUGGGGAAAGCAGACGAGACAGUAAUUCCCCUACUACAUCAAGAUCGCAGUCAGAGAGGAGAAACUCCUUAGAAAAUUUCCCCGCGUCGAGUACAACAAAACGACGUCAUGACAACAGUGAUGGAGACAGUGACCAUGAAGCGGUACAAAGUAAAAGAUCAAAGAAAACAUCAUCUUCAUCUGCUUUUGAUGGGUUAACUACCGAAGCACAAGAAGCCUUGGUAAAUCAGCUGGUCGAAAGUGUUGAUGACGUCAGUGCUCGGAUAGAGAAAAUCAUGGAAGCUAACGGACUUACUGCUAGGGAUUUGGAAAGAAGGAGUUUGAGGUUAAUGGAUGAACCAUCGACGUCCCGAGACAGAAAUGGCACACACCGAUCCCCUUCUUGCUCCAACACCAGUGAUAAUCAACCUGGUAGUUCUUCUGCAACAAAUAACAGAACCAACAUGCCUUCCUGUUCGAGAACCGAUACUGCAAACGCCAGCAAUGGGCGUGAGAGGUUUCCUAGCAAUAGUAGCAGAAGCAACACAAAAGAUGGCGCUGGAAGAGUUGACUUGUCACCUAAUAGUAAUAAUUUAGGAAGAAUGUUACAGGCUGCCAAUCCGGGAUCGAAUAAUGGAGCAUAUGAGAGGCUGGACGAAAGAAUGGAAUUUCGAAUUAUCCAGGUCCAAGAUCACAACCACUGGAAAAUAAAAUGGAAAAUACCACUUAAACAGCUCUCCCUGAGAGGAUAUAGGAAAAUCAGCGACUUCACCCUCAGCUACAUAAAAAAUCUCGACAUAGAGUUGAUAGACUUGACAUACACCAGUGUUACCAAAAGUGGAAUCGAGAAUUUUCUUGUUCACAAUCCAAAUUGUAGGGUGAUCCAUCCCUUAUACUGUAUUUGUAAGCCCAAAAAUCCCCUUUUUUAA